AUGAAGUCAGCUUCCCUUUUGUUCAUCUUGGCCACAACAGCAAAUGCCUUUUCGGCAAUGGACCGUCGUCAAUGGUUCGGUCAAGCCGCCGGUGCUGCUGCCAUCCUUGCCACUGGAGCCCCUGACGCACAAGCCGCUAUGAAGACUGGCGCCGCUUCUGCUUUCACUGGAGACUACGAUGAUCCAAACCACCCAGGAUGUCUGCGUCAAGUUAAGGUUAUUGGUGCCCCUCUACGUGCGGAUGGAACCCGAUCUAAAUAUCCUGUCGUAGAAGUGACCGGAUAUGAUGGCAAGGGAAACGGCGCAAUGUGCACAGACCGCCCGACCAGACCUGAUUUGUGGAAGAUUCAAGGAAAGCUUUUGUCGGAAACGGAUGCUGUCAUUGACUUCUCUCCCAAGGGAGGCCCUCAAAACUUGAAAGCUUCGUACGAUAAUGGCAUUGUCUUUCCUGAUGGAAACAAGUGGACAAAGGUCACUGGCGGUACCGACGACCGUCGCCCCGAGGACAUGUCAACUCUCAAGAGCAACUAA